AGCAAUUUUCCAUUGAAGAGUGUAGAGUGUAUUUUGCAAUAGAAAAUACUUUUGACACCGAAUAAUACUCCGACUCUAAGAAUUGGAAAAUGGGUUUCUAACGUCUCUGGGAGAGUCUGCACCACACCACCAUUACCCUGUUUCUCUCUUCUCCUUCACGUCUUACCCAUCCUCUCAUUACUUCCCCAAACAUUUGAAUCAGCAGAAAUUUUCUCACAGAAAACAUUAAAUCGAGGUGGAAAACCCUAAAUCGUUUCAAACCCCAAAUCGUAUCAUUUAGAUCUAAUUUGGAUAAAUCAUCAGUAUCAUUUUAGAGUAUAAUUGUGUUGAUCUCUACAUUAUUAUAUAUUUUUGGAGGUGGGUUUUGGUUUCUGAUCCAAAUUAUACAAGAUGAAUAUAUUCAGAUUAGCUGGUGAUAUGACCCAUUUGGCUAGUGUUCUUGUCUUGCUUCUCAAGAUCCAUACAAUCAAAUCUUGUGCUGGUGUUUCUUUGAAGACACAAGAACUCUAUGCAAUUGUUUUUGCAACUCGCUAUUUGGAUAUCUUUACGGACUUCAUCUCGCUGUAUAACACUGUCAUGAAACUAAUAUUUCUCAGCAGCUCCUUUUCUAUCGUCUGGUACAUGAGAAGUCACAAGAUUGUCAGAAGGUCGUAUGACAAGGACCAAGAUACCUUCCGACACUGGUUAUUGGUAGUACCUUGCUUAGUCUUGGCUUGUCUUAUCAACGAGAAAUUCACUUUUAAAGAGGUAAUGUGGACAUUUUCCUUGUACCUGGAAGCAGUUGCCAUACUUCCACAGCUUGUAUUGUUGCAGAGAACGAGAAACAUUGACAACCUCACUGGACAAUAUGUAUUUCUUCUUGGGGCAUACCGUGCAUUGUACAUCUUUAACUGGAUUUAUCGCUACUUCACUGAGCCUCACUAUGUCCACUGGAUACCAUGGUUAGCUGGGAUUGUUCAGACAUUGCUGUACGCUGACUUCUUUUACUAUUAUUUCGAGAGCUGGAAAAACAACAAAAAGCUCCAGUUACCAGCUUAAGCAUUUCAAAUAUUUCGCCUAAUGUGCCGUGUCUUGAACAUUGUAUACACUCAAGGGUCUUAGAUUUAUUUCUUAUGGAGUAAAGGCGUUCGUUUUUAUUUCCUUUUCCGCUAGUGACAUUGAACCUUAUAGAAUACAUGAUAUGUUAUCUGGAGAUUUCGUGUAAAUACUGGAAGUUUAUCGUCUGCUUUUUGAAAAGAA